GAUCGCCUCGCAUCUCUCGUUUCUGUCCGCGCCGACUUUCGUUCCUCCUUUUCCUUUUUCAUUCCUUCCUCUCUCUCUCUCUCUUUUUUUUUUCUCUUUUGUUUGUUUCCUCCUCCGCUCUCCCUCCCGUCCCUCUCGCGGUCUCUCGUCUCUUUGUUCUCCUCGCCAAGUGUCCUCAAAUGCCAUAAUGUUGGGGCUUGUGUGCCGUUGUAGCUUUGUCUCCUCUCUCUCUCUCUCUCUCUUUCUCUCUCCAGCGAGUUACUAGAGUUUUGUUAUUGGAUGGACUUAUCAGUUUCAUAUAAUGAUUAUUGCUAUCGUCCGUUGGGGAUUUGAUCCCGGAGCAUAAAAAUAAAUUCGCUUUCUCCCUCUCUCUUUUUAACUCUUUCUCUUUAUCUCCUAUUACAUUUUUCUUAGUCUCGUACGCCGAUGCAUAUACUCGGUCUCGAUACCAACUUAUCUUAUCGCUCGCGCGCGGGCGCGCGCACGCGUUUUAUUUUUUAUUGCAUAUUACUUCCUGUUAUGGCAAGUUCUUUCCAGAACACAAUAAACGUGUCCCUUUCUAUCCCCGUUUCCACGAGAAGCGCUCUCCUCCCGUCACCCUGUCGUCGCGCCAUUGAUGCAUGCGUGCGUGCGCCCACGCACGCGUGCUAUUCGAAAGUGUGACGAGGGCGAUGCGUGGAGCGCGUCGCACGCACUCGGCUGUCGGCUGUCGGGAAAAUCGCCGCUGCCAGAUGUCUCGUCUCCUCCUACCAGCGUGGAGCAGCGGUCUGUCUCGCUUAUCCGCGAGUCGCGGCUCUGAAUUCAGCCAAGAUGCGCGACAGGGGAGAUGAAUAGCAGGCAUUAUUGGAGCGGCCACCCGCGCCUGUAUCUUCUUUUCGAGCCGAGAGUCAGAGAGAGAGAGAGAGAGAGAGAGAGAGAGAGAGAGAGAGAGAUGCUCAUCUCCACCAACAAUUUCCUUUCAGCCCGUUGUUCCGCGCUUCCGUUUCGCUUUUCGUAUCGGAGAAGCUUCUUCGCCACGGUGAAAGUUUCAUGCACGCUCGUCAAUAUCGAUCUACCCCACGCCAGAGAAGACGAGAUCGAAGUAGCGUCAAUGUGCUCGAUCAAACGCCGUUACAGUGUACAGGGUUGUCCACAGAGUUAUCCCACGGUUAUCGUGUAUUUCCUUCACAAUGUUUUCUUACGUUGCAUUAGCGAUCAUUACGAAACCUACCUCCCCCACGGGCGUGUAAAAUUCCUUUUUUUUUUCGCGUAAAAGUAGUUUGCUUUUUAUCGCCCGACAUAGAGUUGCGAGCGGAAGACAUUUUUUUUAGAACGUGAAAUUAUCGUUGUCUAUUGAAUUGCUCCUACGUUUCUGUCGGAGGAAAAUCGCUAACUUUGAAGCGGCCUGUACAGAAUCGCGCCGCGAUAGAAUCGCAAAUUCCACGCUGGCGUACCUACCUACCUAGCGACGGCGGUGGCGGCGAGGGCACAAGCUCCUCGACCCGCGUUUCUUCUGCCGGGACAAAAGGGUACGGGAGAGACGAGGCAGGGACGACGGAGAGUGCGAGAGAAAGAGGGAGAUGGAGUGGGGGCGAAGGGGAGAGAGAGAGAGAGAGAGAGAGAGACGGCGUGCGUUCGCGCGCAUCUCUGCGAGGGCAACCGGAGCUUCUUCGAGAGAGCCUCGGUCGGAGGCUAGAGUCGGCUAUUUUAACGUGUCGUUCGCAACCUCGACUGCGAAACAUGAAAAACGGCCGUUGUUGCUUUUCCAUUCGCGGCAAGUGACGGGAGCAACGUUCUCGCGCGUCGCGAUGUUCAGAAUCGGAAACGUUCGAGACGUUUGUUUUUCAGCGAAGCAGUUUGCCGUCUGUCGUUUUAGGUCGCGAAAAAGUAAAUUAGCCGUGACAUUAUUACUAACCUGGUAGUCCGUAUUAAUUAGAGCAUAAUCGUGUAACGCUAAGAUAAGAAGAAAAUAAUUGUCCGAAUAUUCUCCUAUGAUCGUUUCAUUGAUCAAAAGAGGCUUUUCAUAGAUUCAUUUGGGUCUCGAGUGAUUCCCGACGAUUUAUAUUCCCACCUAAACAUAUUUUACGAUUAAAUGGUGAAAAUAUGAUUAGAUAACCCUCGAUAACGCGUAUCGCAUCCACUGUUCUAUAGUUUUGAUAAAGAUUAGGAUCGUAAACUGUGAAACUGAACCGGAGUGAAAAUUAUCCGCCAUCUGUUGAUUUUCUUUCUUUGACCGUUUCUCGUAACUCUCUCCACUAUAACUCUCUCCUUAUCACACACUGUUACUCAAUCUCGUAGAUUUCGUGUACAAGGCGCAUUUCUGCUCCCUCAUUUUCUUUAAUAAUCGUCCGUAAUUAUGCAUUAGAGAUAAUCUACCGAGUGCCGCUCCAUCUGUUCGUCGCGCGUUGAUCGAAUAAAAAAUUAUUCUUAAACUGACGAAAGAGACUCGUUCGACAGUGAUUCAAAAAUUGGUUUACGCAGGCAGUGCAGUUUUGUAAGACGAGUGUGAUUCGCGUGCUGAAUCACAAGACUGAUCGGCGUUGGUGAUCCUAUCCGGAAACGAGCUGCCGACUGAUACGUCGUCGCAUCGUUCACCGAAUCUCUCAGCAGUUCGAGCCGGUUUGCAGUGGUUCGAGGAACAGCAUAGGUGAGGUGAACUAAAGGAAAUCGUCCCCGAGAACUUGGUUUAUGCACGGGUAUUACAGAGGGAAGGACGAGCCGACCCUCAUAUCUAAUCCUGAGAGAGAGAAAGAGCCAAGGGUUCAAAGACUUACUUAACAUUGGCGGGGCGCAGGGGGAAGAGAGGGUGGGCGACCAGAGUACGGUGAACCGGAAGCGAACGCGACGGUGGCCGGCUCGGUCGAGGAGGAGUUUGCGGCGGCGCCAGGGCCGCGCAUGCUUCAACAACGAGGCUGUACAGGAACGACAGCACCACCCGCACCCGCUACGACGACCGGCUCAGCAGCAUCAUCGUCAUCUCCAUCCUCAUCUUCAUCGUCCAACAUGUUCCCACAACAGUACUGCCUGAGAUGGAAGUACCAUCACAGCAACCUGCAGACCAUGUUCUCGCAGUUGCUCGAGCGGCAGGCCUACUGCGACGUCACGCUCGCUUGCGAAGGCAAAACGUUACGAGCGCACAAGGUUGUACUGUCGGCGUGUAGCACAUACUUCGACACGAUCCUAUCGCAGUACGAGGAGAAGGACCCCAUCGUCAUCAUGCGUGACGUCAAAUUCUCAGACAUCAAGGUGCUGGUCGAGUUCAUGUACAAGGGAGAGAUCAACAUUGAUCACACGAGGUUGUCGUCGUUACUGAAAACCGCCGAGGAUUUGCACAUCAAGGGGCUCGCCGAGGUGAGUUGGCGCAGCGAUCCCACACAAAACGACCUGAACAACACCGGCCACAGUCCCGGUACCGGGACUCCCGGUGUCGAGACGGUCUUGCGGGAAGGUGAAACCGAAGAGGCACCACCGCCAAAACAGAGACGCAGAGGUCGUCCGCCUUUAGACGACCCACCAUCGGCACACGACGUCUUCACACCCAAGAUCACCUGUAUCACCGGGAACGAGGAAAUGAUGAGCGAGGGCGGCGACCAUGAGAGUUGGGACGACGAGAUGAUGAUGAACGAGAAUAACGAAACGCCACUGCCGGUGCUGUCCUACAUGCCCAAGGACGACGCAUCUGAAGAAAAGAAAGCGGCUACUACUCCGUCAAACUCUAACGCCACAAAUCUGUCGAUUCCCGAACAAUUCCGAGACGUAAUAAAGAUGAACGAUUACCUGACGACGGGACGUCGACAGGAAUUCUGGGAGGAACCUUUCACGCGCCGCGUUAUGGACGCCAUUAAGAGCAAAGAGCUAGAGAUGAAGACUGCCGCCGAAAUUCUCGGUGUCUCUUAUGGCACUCUCUACGGCAGAUACCGUGACAGUUAUGGCUGCCUUAAACAUCCGUACAGAGUAAGAGAUUUUUGGUCUGAACCGGGCCCCGCAGAAGUGUUGGCGAAAUUACGGCGGAAGGAGAUAACAUUGUUCCGAGCAGCCGAGUUCCUCAAUGUCACCGUCCACACACUCGCAACUUAUCUGUCAACGUUACAAGGUCCAGAUAGAAUCUCGUUAGCGGGCGACCUCAGCGUAGCGUCCGGCGGUAGCAUCGACAGCGGUAGCAACAAUAACGCCACAACAGAAUCGACGACGGAAAACAGCGAGUCAGUGAAUGACAUCCUCCAGAAGAUCAACGCGAAUGUGCCGACCACGACGUCCAUCAAACGCGAGGGCGGUGGUUACAUCGAAGUGCCGACGGCAGUGUCAAAGUGCUCCACCACGUCAGUGCUGGAGAACAAUCCGGACAUCACGAUCGUCAAGACGGAGAACAUGCUGCGUAAACGUGAAUACACGAAAAUGUCCAGCACAGAGAACAACAACGCGAAGCUGAUGAGCGGCGGCGCCGUCAGCGAAGUCAGCCAACAGCAGCAGCAGCAGCAACAGCAGCAGCAGCAGCAACAACAGCAACAGCAGCAGCAACAGCAGAAGCUCGCCGACCCGUUGGCAUUAAAUAAUGACAACAGCAAACCCUAACUAUUCAGACCUUACUUGACACCUACGGCGAAUCAUUAUCAUCCGCGCAGCGUAGCGCCAAGCGGAACCAGUUAUAGAUCCGACCUGCAGUGCCCACGCAGUUUUUAUUCCAAUGUGUUUACUCGCUUUCUUACGAAUUUUCAUUUAAAGUAGAUGAAAAAAAAAGAAGCAGAAGAGAAGCGGCGCUGGACAUCAUUUCCGCGCACGAUCGAUUCCGUAAAAGUAGCCUCAGACAAUCUCGCGUGCGAUCGUUUCGCUAUUGACGGCGGGCCGUGGCUGCGUCGGGACGGAUAAAGCGAGAACUUUAGAGAGACUCCUGCCUUUAAAUUGUACUCCCGCGCGAUCACGGCCUAUCGUUCAUAUUUUUCACGUGUUAAGAAGAACAUCAGUGUCGCGAAUAUGCCCCAGCGGAAUUAGUACCGGGCGAGUUGACACGAAAAUUCCUCCCGUUUUAACUUCAAAUUCGGCUUGCUUUUGAUCCACAUGGUCGGUAGUGCACAUGCACACCCGACCUUGGCCUUUAUGAGAAAAAAAUUAAAAAGCAAAAGAAAUAACAAAAGGGAUAAAGCGUAUAAUAAAAAGUUCAAUCGAAGUUCCUUUUGAAUAACGAUGUAGAGUGUAUUAUCGCAACAAAGAAUGCCUAUUUUCUGCCGCAUGUGUCUGUAUGGUAAAGAGCGACAAUAUAUUCACCACAAGUAGAUCCAUCAUAGUAACACACACCACAGAAAGAAAAGAAAGAUGGUAGGAAAGGGGGGAAACAGAAAGAGAGAGAGAGAGAGAGAGAAGAAAAAAUAAAGUUAAGUAACGGUCCUUUGACGUAGAUAUGUUCCUCUUGCGAUCGUCGUUAGGAUCGCGUUAGGAUCACGUUUCAGUUGCCUGUACAUAAACUCGAGAAUUUAAAUCAUAAAGCUUAUACUAUUGGAAAAAGCGUUCGUAUUCAAUAUGCGAUACGCGGCACACAGGAAAAUGCAUAUGAAACGAAAAACCUGAGAAAGUAGGCGAUUGUAGAUAGUAUUCUCAGCCAUUUGUAUUUAGAAAAGUAUUUAGAGAAAGAGAGAAUGAAUGAGUGAAUGAAAGAGAGAGAGAGAAAUCGUCACUUCAGGCUGCACGUGUCCAAUAGUAAAUCGUUUAUGAUUUAAAUAUAUUUUCGUGAUGCAAGCCUUAACAUUAGAAACUUCAAUUUUUUUCUACAUUUGAUUCGAUAAAAUUCAUUUUAUGUAUGUUAUUAAUAUUUUUUAGGUGACGUUGAACGACAAAGUUUUAGACAUGCAGAUGUGAUUAAAGGCGAUCGGCAGUGAUUUUUGCGCGUCAUACGAAAAUCGCGGCAAUUGCCUUUUUUCCAAGUAUUCGCAAUACCAAUGGGAUGAUUCCUUGCGUGUAUAACAGAAUACGAUAAUAAUGUGUAUGUCAUUCUAUUUUGUUUCUCUUUUAUCUAAUGCUGCAUCAGCAGUGCUUUUUAUAAAUCUUUGUAUAUACAUAUGAUAUUUUUUUUACAAGAAAACUUUUAAUGACUUUUAUUGGAGAUAAUCGUCGACCGAUAUCAAAAAUAAUUUAUUUGAAACAAAUAGAUUCGUGCAAUAUUAAAGAAUAAUAUUAUUUGGCAUAGAAGGAACUAAAAAAGAAACAAAAAUUGUAUUAGGCAGUGCAAUUAUUCUUUGAAUUUUUUAUAUAAAAGUUAUAUCGAUAUGAUAUCCACAACGGGCAAUGACUACGGUAAUGCUUUUGCGCACUGUAUCUCAUUGUUCCUUAUUUAUAUAUAAUUCGCGAUUCCGUUUAGUUUACUUUUUUCGUAAGAUUUCACAGGCGCGAUGUUUAUGUUUAGUUAGAUAAAGAAAUGUAUACAUAUACAAUAAUCGUACUCCAUGAGACAUUGACUGGAAAUGAGUAUUCCUGUUCGCUGAAGGUAAAACUAAGAAUUAGUAGUAUAAUAGAGGUAUCUCCGAUGAUAUUUUUCGAUGAUAUAAGACUUAGUUGCACGGAAGAGGAAAGUUUAUUAUCGCGGAGGGUACUUGUAAAGUAAUCCGAAUGAGCGCACUAAUAAUACCGUACGAAGUACGUGAAACGAAAGAAGAAAACAGCUUCCCUUUCGUGGCCGGAGAUUUCAUUGUGACGUGUAGAGGGAGCGAAUAAGGUUAGAGGUAUCGUAUAAGGUGUGUAAAUAUAGCGGUGUACGAUAUUUAGCAGUGAACGAAACGAAAAAUCAAGAAACGCGCAUUCUUCGCUCUGACGCGAAUGCGGGCAUGUAUGUACCUCUCUCUUUCUAAACGGACCCCGAAGUCGACUGACUACUAAGGUAAACGAAGAAAAAGAAAAUCACAAAAACAUAAAAAAAAAUGUAACGAUAAGCGUAUCGAAACUCUCGAUUAAGUGUGCGGCGCACUCAGAUACGAGAUACACACAGAUAUGCACGGUGCAAACACACAGUUGUGGAUUCUGCGAGAGAAAGUAUUUCCGGCGGACGCGCCGAUGAUUUAUCCGAUGAAUUAAGUACUUUCUUUAGUUUACUCUCUGUAUAUUUAACGUGAAAUAUUAUAUUUUUUUAUGUUGGCAGAGCCAAGUCUUUCGAUUACUUUACGAGUGCUCCGAAUCGAUUAUUUUUAUCACAUAAAUGUGCAUAAUUUUAUAUUGCAAUUACAUCGCACGAUAAUUUUACUUGUAACUCUUAAAUUGUAAGAGAGAAAGAAAAAGAAAAAAGAUAGAUCUGUUCAUCUUCACCAUUUAAUUUAAUGACUUUCGUCAGAAUUAUUGUAUGUUCUCAUCGAAUUGUAUUAAGUAAAGGAGUAACUUUUCCCUUUUUUCUUUUUUCUAUUUACUUUUCGUCUUUGAAAAAAAAAAA